AUGGCAUUAGAUGAGAUAGUUGUAAAGAACGCGGCUGUAGCCAUCAACUCCUACGACUACAUUAUCCAGGAAGCGGCCAGCUUGGUGGUUUCGUGGGUCAAGUUACCUUUCAUCCUGGGUACCGACGUCGCCGGCGAGAUUGUCGAGGUCGGAGAGGACGUCUCGCGCUUCAAGGUAGGAGACCGUGUUGUCGCCCACGCGGUCGCCUUGGACAAACGGGUGAAUCGAGCAUGCGAGGGUGGCUUCCAAGAAUUUACAGUUGUCCGUCCAAACAUGACCUCUCCUAUCCCACAAUCCAUGUCGUACGAGAGGGCGUGUGUAAUGCCACUAGGUUUAUCGACAGCGGCCUGCGCUCUCUUUCAGAAAGACUAUCUCGCUCUUCCUUUCCCCACUAUCUCCCCGACUCCAUCCGGGAAGACGCUGCUGAUUUGGGGCGGCUCUACCAGCGUGGGAUGCAAUGCUAUUCAUCUAGCGACGGCUGCAGGAUAUGAGGUUAUUGCAACAGCUUCGCCAAAAAACCAUGAAUAUCUCAAAAAGCUAGGUGCCGUCGAAGUCUUUGAUUAUCGAAGCGCAAGCGUUGUCCCCGACAUCAUCUCAGCAUUCGAAAAACGAUCCGCUGCAGGCGCAAUUAGCAUAGGCUCUGGCGCCUUCAAACCAUGCAUAGAUAUCAUGGGAGCAUGUAAGGGGAACAAGUUCAUCGCUCAGGCUACCUUCGAUAUGCCUCCAUUUCCGAAGCGUGUCUUGGACUUUCUCCCUUUUAUAGUCUCAAUGCUUGGCACAGUCAUUUCAGGAAAUAUCAAGGCAACAAUGAAGAGUGUCCGCACCAAGAUCAUCAAUGGAAGCGACUUGGUGGCAAAUGAGGUGGGGAAAGCCGUUUACGAAGACUUCUUGCCCAGUGCACUGGAGCAGCAGAAAUUUAUACCUGCACCUGAACCACAAAUUGUUGGGCUAGGUCUCGAUUCCGUGCAGGAAGCUAUGGAUCUGCUUAGGAAGGGGGUUUCGGCGAAGAAGUUGGUUGUUACUUUGUAUUAG